UGCGCCCACGGAGACGUCUACAAUGGCGGCCACGGAGACGGAGAAAUCCAUUACUCUUACGUCAGCGCUGCCGCCACCACACUUUGUUCUCGUCCCGCUCAUCGGGCAGGGCCACACCAUCCCCAUGGUGGAUCUUGCCUGCCUCCUUGUGGAACGCGGUGCGAUAGUGAGCCUCGUCACCACGCCCGUGAAUGCCGCGCGCCUGCAAGGAGUCGCCGACAAGGCUCGCCGCGCCAAGCUGCCCCUAGAAAUAGUCGAGCUCCCGUUCCCGCCGGCCGACGACGGGCUGCCCCCGGGCAGCGCGAAUGUCGACAAUUUCCUCCGGUUGUUCCUGGCCCUCUACAAGCUGGCGGGACCACUCGAGGCGUACGUGCGCGCGCUGCCGCGGCGCCCCAGCUGCAUCAUCUCCGACUCCUGCAACCCGUGGACGGCCGGGGUCGCUACGAGCGUCGGGGUCCCGCGGCUCUUCUUCCAUGUAGCUUCCUGCUUCUACUCGCUCUGUAAGCUGAAGGUCGCAACGCAUGGGCUUCUUCACGACGGCAACCACGACGCGCACGUCGUGCCAGGCAUGCCGGUGCGCGUGGAGGUGACCAAGAACACAUGGUCAUCCUCCUAUACCACGCCUGAGUGGGAGGCGUUCGUCGAGGAUGCGAGAGAGGGCAUGCGCACAGCCGACGGCGCCGUGCUGAACACGUUCCUGGACCUCGAGGAACAGUUCGUCGCGUGCUACCAGGCAGCUCUGGGCAAGCCGGUGUGGGCGCUCGGGCCGUUCUUCCUCAACAACCGGGACGAGGAGGCCGUGGCGGCGCGCGGGGACAAGGACAAACCCAGCGCCGUCGGCCAGGACGCGGUCACCGCUUGGCUCGACACGAUGGGCCAGAGCGCCGUCACUUAUGUCAGUUUUGGCAGCCUCGUGCGGAUGCUUCCCAAGCAGCUCUACGAGGUCGGACAUGGCCUCGAGGACUCCGGGAAGCCGUUCCUUUGGGUCGUGAAGGAGUCCGAGACGGCGUCGCCGGAAGCGCGAGAGUGGCUGCAAGCCCUCGAGGCACGCACGGCAGGGAAAGGGCGCGUAGUGCGUGGCUGGGUGUCUCAGCUCGCCAUCCUGUCGCACCGCGCCAUUGGUGGCUUCGUGACCCACUGCGGCUGGAACUCGCUGCUGGAAUCCGUCGCGCAUGGCGUGCCUGUCGUGACGUGGCCGCACUUCGGCGACCAGUUCCUCAAUGAGCAGCUGGUUGUGGAAGUACUUGGGGUCGGUGUGCCCGUCCGCGGCCCGGCUGUGACCGUCGCGCCUGUAUUGCGGGGACACAUUGCGCGAGCGGUGUCGGAGCUGAUGGGCGGUGGGACGGUGGCACAGGAGAGGAGGAGAAAAUGCAAAGAGUACGGGGAGAGAGCUCACGGAGCCAUAGCGAAAGGAGGUUCGACGCAUCAAAACCUCACACAGCUUUUACAGAGCUUCAUGCCGAGUGGCAGCACGGAGCAGUAGAGAUUACCCAACGUCGGAAUUGUUAGGCAUUCUAUGCACACUAGUUUUAAUAUUCUUCUCCCUCAAGCUCUUCCUCUCUUAUUACUGUAGUACCUUUUUUCUCAAACGGAUCAUCUCUACUUAGACAAAAUUAUAUGUAGAUUCGUGUAAGUGUCGGGAAGUUAUAAGUACAGUAUUUUGCUAGGUAGCAUUAGUGA